GCUUUUUGUCCCUUAGCAGCGUCCGUUCAGUGACGUAAAACAUAAACAAGAUGGCUACUUCCACGGACUUAAGCAAAAUUGCUGCACUCUCUAAAGCAGAUUACCUUAAACGGUAUUUAUCAAGUGAAGAAGCUGGCAAGAAGUCUAUAGAAAAGAAGCUUAAGAAGAAACGGCCGAAAGCCACGGGAAGAGGGAUGAAAAUUGUGGAUGACGACAUUGAUUGGCGGCAACUGGCAGCUCAGGAUGAAGAAGAAAAAGAAGACGACGAAGAUGAGGCGCCUGUGAUUGCAGAGGUGAUAGAUGAACGCCCAGAUGAGAUCAAGCAGCUCGAGGCAUUCGGAACCGGCAAGUGGAAAGUGAUCGGCGCAACAGAGAGAGAUCCCCAGGAAACCCAGGACUCUGCAUCAGAUAAAAGCUCUGAUCCUGACAGAGGUUAUAGAGUUCGACAUGACUCGCCGGAGACUUCUCCUGUACGGAGCGUGCGGCACGUUUCCCCUGACCUCUCUCCUAAGAGGGCUCGACACGACUCACCGGAUCUCUUACCCCAGAGAAGAGGCCGUCAUGACUCACCAGAUCUUUCACCUCAGAGACACCGAGCCGAGAACAAAAACAGACAGCAUGAUUCCUUAUCACCUUCCCCUCCAAGAAAGAGCCACAAGAGCUCACCCUUCAAACCUCAAAGGCUGCAUGAUAAAGAGUCUCCACACAGAAAAAAGACAAAAGCUGCCACCUCAGAUGACCUUUCACCGCCUAGGAGACGAGUACAAACAGGCAAAGGCUCAGACUCCGAUCAGUCCCCACCACGCAGAUGUCCUCGUGGAGGACGGGGCUCAGACUUGGAUCUGUCUCCACCCAGAAAGAGAGGCCAGGGUGGAAGAGGUUCAGAUUCAGAUCUCUCUCCUCCCAGGAAGAGGCCACAGGGGGGACGUGGGUCGGAUUCAGACCUGUCUCCACCACGGAGGACACACUCUCCUGAUGGACAGGCAGCCCCUCGAAUGCUGUCUGGUGGAGCUGCAGGGCUCGUCUCUGUUGACAUUUUGAGGAAAGAACAGGAAGAAAUUCGCAAAAAGGAAAAGCGCAACCAGCCUCUUGAAGAGGCAUCAAGAAAUGCAGAGACAAUAUUUCGAGACAAGUCGGGUAGGACACGCGACCUGGAGUCAGAGAGAGUUGAGCUUGGCAAGAAAGCAGGAGAAAAAGCAGAGAAGGAUGAAAAAUAUGCACAAUGGGGAAAAGGGCUUGCUCAGGGUGAAAUGCAGCAGCAGAACUUGACAGAUGCCAUGCGGGAGGCUCAGAAACCACUAGCGAGACACAUUGACGAUGAAGACCUCGAUCGGAUGUUGAGGGAGCAAGAGAGGGAUGGAGACCCAAUGGCUGCCAUGCUUCGCAAAAAGAAAGAAAAAAAUGCUCAAUUAAAAGGAAUCAAAGAAAAACCUCGUUACAAAGGUCCACCUCCACCUCCGAAUCGUUUUAACAUUAUGCCAGGGUAUCGCUGGGAUGGAGUUGAUAGGUCCAAUGGUUUUGAGCAGAAGCGGUACAGCAGGAUAGCCGAUAAGAAAGCUGUCCAAGAAAUGGCGUACAAGUGGAGUGUGGAAGACAUGUAAAUCCAGAUGAGUGUAUAGAGAUUCAUGAUUUAAAAACUGAAAUGACUGGCAUUAGUACAGUUCCCACUGCACCUGCACACACUGCAAAGUGGAACUUCUUUGUGUGCCAUCAAGAAUCGAGGCGUUUCAUCAAAAACCAAGAUGUUUGUGUGCAGUUAUCGGUCCACUGUGUACAAGAAACAUACUUUCCUUAUUAAAUGCUACUUUUUUAACACAUCU